AUGGGACACCGUACAAGCCGUUGCGUGUGAAUUCAAGAUGGCGGUCUCUACGAGUAGAAACAUGAAAUGCCUUUUAGCUUUCAUUCAAAGGAGCACUCUUAAAACAAGAACAUUUUGCACCCAAAAGGCGUCCGAAGUGAAGGUCCUCCAUGGAGGGCGUGUGUUCUCAGGAAUCCAGCCCACUGGGAUUCCUCACCUGGGAAACUACCUCGGUGCUCUGGAGAGCUGGGUGGCCUUGCAGAAUGACUACAGCUCAGUGUUGUACAGCAUCGUUGAUCUGCACUCCAUCACCCAGCCUCAGAACCCAGAGUUACUACAGAACAACAUCCUGGACAUGGCAGCCAGCCUGCUGGCCUGUGGCAUUGACCCCACACGCUCUAUCCUUUUCCAGCAGUCUGUGGUUUCUGAGCAUGCUGAGCUCUCCUGGAUCCUGGGCUGCCUGACCAGCAUGCCUCGCUUACGCCACCUACCUCAGUGGAAGAUGAAGAGUAAGCAGAAGGGUGAAGGAAGUGUAGGUCUGUAUACCUACCCAGUGUUGCAGGCUGCAGACAUAUUACUCUACAAAUCUACACAUGUACCGGUAGGGGAGGAUCAGAUCCAACAUUUAGAAUUAGCCCAGGACCUAGCCCGUAUCUUCAACAACAAUUAUGGAGAGCUCUUUCCUGAGCCUCGUGCACUACUAAGUUCUACACGGAAGGUGAAAUCUUUAAGAGAUCCCUCCUCUAAGAUGUCUAAGUCAGAUCCACAGACGUUAGCCACCAUAUUCCUUACUGACACCCCUGACGACAUAGUAUUUAAAAUCCGCCGAGCUGUGACUGAUUUCACAUCCGAGGUGACCUUUGACCCCGUGGGCCGGCCAGGUGUAGCCAAUCUGGUGUCCAUCCACGCUUCCGUCUCAGGCCAGACUGUGGAGGACGUGGUCAGCUUAGCCAAAGGGCUGGACACUGGCAAGUACAAGACUGUGGUGGCAGAAGCUGUGGUGCAGAGACUAGAGCCCAUCAGGCAGGAGAUCCAGAGACUGAAGGCUGACAGGAGCCACCUGGAGAGUGUGUUAGCCAAGGGAGCUGAGAAAGCCCGCAGUCUGGCUGCCCCAGUGAUGCAGGAGGUCAGGAAACGAGUGGGCUUUUCCUAAUCAUUAGAUGACACAAUCUGUUGCAGGUGGAUAUACAGUACAGCACGACUGAGAUUUUAUAGGUGAUAAAUUGCUAUAAUGUUUGAGUGUUGUCAUUAUUUUGUACAUUCAUAUUAUUAAAAAGUACAAUGUAUA